AUGACAGCCCCAGCUCAAACUCGUACUUCCAGUCCUAGACGACCAUCGGGUGUAACUUUGCGGAACACCCGACCGCAAGAUAGCAACGACGACUCUCCCCACGAAACACACGAACUCCAAGAAAUACAAACCCACAACGAACUAGACUACUCAACACCAUCCGUCUCAUCCGGCGACGAAUACCGCAUAGUAACGCGUCGGACGACAUCCCGCCCCACGCGCCAAGCCCGAAAGGGGACAUGGGGCAAACUCACUCAACUAUGGACGCAUAAUGUUACUCUGACCGUUCCGCAGAAGAGUAGUCGGGAUUACUUCGCUUUGGAGAGGACGUUUCUCGCGUAUAUCCGCACCUCCCUUGUUAUCACUCAACAGGGCGUGUUGAUUGCGCAGUUAUUCCGGCUGCAGGCGGCGGAGGCGGUUGCUGAUCGUCUUGGGUUUCGGAAGGUCGGCACGCCACUUUCUGUUGCUUGUUAUUGUGUCGGUAUUCUUGUGGCUUUGGUUGGGGCGUAUCGGUUUUGGAGGCAGCAGGGUGCUAUUGCUAGGGGGAGGAUUCAUGCGGGAGGUUGGGAGUUGAAUUCGGUGGGGAUAUUAUUGGGUUGUAUCACUUUAACGGUGUUGAUUGUUUCCAUUGCUAUUAUGGUCGAGGUUGAUAUGGGGUUAUCUGUUCGAAUAUCGGGGUGA